CCUCGCUGCGUCCCCGCCGUCCCGCCGAGGCCCAGCCCGCCCUCGCCCUCGCCCGCCCUCGCGCCCUCGCCCCCGCCCGCAGGAGCCGCAGGAGCCGCAGCCCCGGCGGCCGCCCGCAGCCGCAGCCGCAAAGGCGUUCGUUGCGUUUGAACGGCGCGGGCACAGCUCCUCCGGCCGCGCAUGCGCACUCUCAUUCACACGUGAUAAAACGGGACGUAAACAAAUGUAGGGAAAACAGCCAGCUUUGGAUCAAUGUGAAUUGGCAGCAGCGUGUCCCUCCAGAGCCCAGAUUGUUGCAGCCGCACCUGGAACCGCAGCAGGUGGAAUGUCGGGAAGCAGUAGUGGCUCCAGUGCGGGCACCAACCUCGUUAAGAGGGUGUACCUGGACUACAAUGCCACGACACCUCUGGCCCCUGAGGUCAUCCAGGCCGUGGAGCAAUCAAUGCAGGAAGCUUGGGGGAACCCAAGCUCUGCCCACGAGGAAGGUGCAAGGGCAAGGACGGUGAUCAACCAGGCCAGAGAGGAUGUGGCCAGAAUGAUAGGUGCGACACCCCAGGACGUCCUCUUCAUGUCUGGGGGAACAGAGUCAAACAACCUGGUUCUUCACUGUGCAGUCACACACUUCCGCAAGUGGUGUUUGUCGCAGGAGAGCCCCAUUUAUCAUCAUCUCCGGCCACACAUCAUCACCACCAAAGUGGAGCAUGAUGCCAUCAAGCUUCCUCUCACACACAGAUAUGCAAUCGAAGCAGACGUAACUUACUUAGGAGUUGAAAACCUACCUGAGGCUGUGCUUGAGUCCAUCCGGCCGUCAACAUGCCUUAUCACUGUAAUGUUGGCUAACAACGAGACAGGCAUAAUGUUCUCCGUUGCUCAUAUUGGCAGGUUAUUAGCAGAAGUAAACAAGAAACGUGAGAACGAAGGUUUGUUCAAGGUGCUCCUCCACACAGAUGCAGCUCAGGCUAUAGGGAAAGUUCCUGUCGACGUCACUGACCUGAACGUCGACUAUCUCACAAUUGUUGGACACAAGUAUUAUGGCCCUCGGAUUGGUGCCUUGUAUGUACGUGGUUUGGGCCAUAAGACUCCUGUGUACCCAAUGUUCUAUGGGGGAGGGCAAGAGCGUGGUUAUCGCCCGGGCACAGAGAACACGCCCAUGAUUGCGGGCCUGGGAAGGGCAUCUCUUCUGGUUCACAACAACGUUCAGGACUAUUAUACGUCCAUGAAGAAAACCAGGAAUUACAUGGAGAGGCAGCUGAAGAAAGUGUUUGGUAACCAAGUGAAGAUCAAUUGUGUUGACCCGUGCAUAUCUUCGGACCCUGAAACCUGCUCUGUUCCUCCCCGUGGGCCUAAGCAACAGCAUUUCAUCUUCCCACGCCUUCCUAACACAUCAUCCGUCUCAUUUUAUUACAGACAGGUUGGAGGACCUGAAAUUCUGCGGCAUUGUCGAAUGGUUCAAGCCAGUUGUGGGGCUGCGUGCCAUGCACACACAGAGCAGCAAAGCAUUUUAGAGUCAUCAGGAGUGUGCUCCUUCCAUGCCUCGCGCACCAUCCGCCUGAGCAUAGGGCGGGACACCACCAUGGAGGAGAUUGACCUGGCCAUCCAGGACAUAAAACAGGCCAUUGAGAAGCUUAUUGGGCGCUCUGUGUAGACUGGGAGGAGAGUGACAGUCUGUAGCAAAAAGCGAUUUUUUUACAUUUUGCAGUGUUAGGGUUGUUGGGUAGUGAAAAAAGUAGAAAUGAAAAAAGUAAUUCUUGUACUAAGUGUAAGUGUUUUUUGAAACCAGACCUACAUGCACAUAUUUUGAUUUUGGAUAUUAUUUUGUUUUAAUUUGAAGAUAAUGUUACUUGAUAUUAUUAUUUUAUAUAAUAGGAAAAAUCCAGUAUGUUGAUUGGGACCUCGUCAGUUGUUGAAUUUUAUAGUGAAAGUUUUCCAGAUUUAUUGUCUGAUAAAAUUGGUUACAAGGACACUAAAUAUGGUAACAGAAAUAGUUUAUUGUUGUCAUAAUUUCUAUCGUGUAUUUUAUUUUAUUAAACAUUUUUAUGAUUUUACACGCAGAGGCGUAAAUUGCCUCUUGGGAGAUACUUCACCGUAGAGAGUUCAUAAGUAUAGGACUACCGACCAAAAUGAAAUUGAGGCAGAGGUGUACUUAAGUUUUGAAAGUAUGUUGAUGCUGCCAUGUACUGCAAGGGACAAUGUGAUAUUGCAAAUUGACUCUGUUGAGAUUGCAAGUUGGCUGUAUUGAGAGUCUGGGUUGUGUCCGAGCUUCCCCAUCAGAAGAGGGAGUGAGUGGCAUGGAUACUCAAUUAUCGCAAAGACGUGUUGCAUUUAUAUUGAUAUAUUACGUGAUUGUAGUGCAAAGUAAAUUUGACAAUAAUUUUAGUGUUUUUGCUGCAGUUUGAUUGUUGAUGGAUCUUGGAUUUUUAUUUUAUUCUAUGUAUAUCUAGAAAAUUAUUAUUUUUUAAUGAGGUGUCUGGUUGUAAGAGCAUUAGAUGUCUCUUCAGCCAGCAUGCCAGUCUGUUGGGUUCCCUUGCCCAAGGAAGCCACAGAUGGAGUGAUAUGUGUAGACAGCAAAUUGACUAUCAAAAAACAAACAAAAAAAAAACAAAAAUAUAAAAAUUAUCAAUGAACUGUGAUACGCUGUCUGUGUUGUUGUCACCGUCACGUGUAAGGAGUACAGUAGAGUUGUUUUACCACAACAUUUCUGGAUGAAUGCGAUAGGGAGCUGGGGCACAGCAGGCAGCAGUCAGCAGGGAAGGCGAAGAGGCCCCACAGGCUGAUCUGCACAUGAAUGCCUGCAAGCACUUUGCCUAUAUGUUUUUUUCUUUUUAUACUUUUUUAUCAAUUCUUUCCCGGAUGGAUUUGUGGAAUGAUGAGAUGGUUUUGGUGUUGAUAUGCCUUAUUGUAGGUUUGUCUUGGAGUCGGGAAUAUUUAGUACAUUGGCUCAUGCAUAAGAUCUUUAGGUACAAGAUCAGAUCAUAAAUUUGUUUUCAUUUACAUCUUGCAUGUCUGUUCUUGCUACCCAAAUUGCUACAUACACAGUGCUAUACAUAACACAUUGUCUGGAUUUGCAAUACCAAGCAAAGCAGGUUUAAAGCUCACUUGUAACAUGAGAGAAAGCAAAGUCAAACUGCCAGGUAAUGCAUUUUCUGCUAAUACAUCAGAGGGUCAUCUUUCCAAAUGAAAUUGGAUUUCAAAAAUUAAAUUGCAUUGACUUCAGUUUGUUCCUCUUGCAUUCGUGGCUACGAACCUUUCGGAAACGAAUUACGUCAGUCAGUAUCAUGCUGAAUGAAGUGAAUUUACAAAAGCUGCUGUGUUGGUAUCUUAAGUAAUUUAUUUGGUAAGUUAAGGUUGACCAAGUAUUAUAAAAACAAUCACCCAAAUAUGUACAAAACCUUCAGAAGGUUGAACUUUUUUUAAUCACUUACAAACAUUUAUAAAUGUAGGAAAUGUAAGCAAAGUGACAUUAGUUUAUUAAUACUUUGUGUUUUCUCCCCCUUUUCUUUCUUCGAUGCUGUGGGGGCAUGAUGGGUUUUUGAUGGUGUUCUUUUCUGAAACCAGUAGAAUUUGGAAACUGAGGGGCUAGUACCUGUGAGAAAUUACGAGGGCUUUUUUCAUGCAUCAGUGUUAAUACCACAGAUGUGAUUAAUAUUGGCAAAUUUGUGAAAGUUUGCAUAUUGUUUACAUUCCAUUUGCAUUCCAAAAAGAUGUCUUUUUAUGUUGGUAUUCACAGAAGAUGCUGAGUAAAUUCUUCAGCCACUAUGUACCAUGCAGUUUCAUUCCUUUUCACUGUCUUCUUUCUUUACAUUUGUAAUCAUAAACGCUCUCCUUCCAAGUAUAUUGGGUUGCUCUUUUUGUAGUGCAAGCACAGUACUGUAUUAUUUAAUAGUAAACUAGCCAUAUGAUAUGGUAGCCAGAUAGCAAAGUGUUCAGCACUGAGUAUAUUCUGGGGUCUUCUAAAUUGUUCAUUAUGCUGCAAAAUUAUUUUCCUGGUUAGAAUUCAGUCCCAAGCAUGACUGCAAAUGCAUUCCAUGACAGUUUUAUUGUCCCUCGCAUACCUCAAAUCCAUUUAUGGCUUACCCUGAGGCUUUUAACUAAUAGUUACUACAAAAUAUGGAGCUGUUUGAAUACUCACUCCAUCCUUUUAUGAAAUUUUAUUCUAAAGAAAGGCUUUUAAUUAUUUACUCUCUGUUUUUACUCUUUUGCACACUGCAGACAUGUAGUUCCUGCCUGAUACAAUCAUUAUGUGGAAGUUGUAUAUAAGGUUGAAACAUUCCCUAAAUUUAUUUGACUUUUCUUUUUUCAUUGAUAUGUGAUGCUGAUUAGUAUUAGAAAUAAAUUUAGACCAUUUUAAGUCAAAGAUAUCAGUCUCUGCAGGAAUUGUCUUUAUUUGAAGCUAAGUGUUCUUUUUAAUCUAUUUUUUCUUCCACAUUUUAAUUCUGUUGCAUGUAAUUGACGUCUGAUCAGAGAUUUGGAAGGUUUAAGUUUCUUAGAGUAGGUGUUUCUAUUCGCAUUUUUCCUCCAUCUUCUUUUUUUUCCUUACUUAAAAAUUUUACUGUUACUAUUCAUAUUCCUUUUCCUUUUUUGUAUUCCUUGCUUCCUU